AUGCUCAAGUCGGUAAAAAGGUCGUUCAGGCAGGGAGGCAGUUCAGCGAGCACCAGAAGCGGCUCGUUCCGCGACCACGAUAACUUCACCAACGGCAACAGCGACCGCAGCAGCUCCUUCGGCGGAGGCAGCACCCGAAGCAUGAGCGGCUUCAAAGGCGGCAGCGGCGGCGGCUUCCGCGACGGCGGCAACUUCCGCAGCAACGACGGCGGCUUCAGGAACCGCGGCAGCGGCUUCAAAAGCGACUUCCGCGGCGGAAACGACAGUCGCAGCCGUUUCGGCGGCGGCGGAGGCGGCAGGAGCGCCCAAGGGAACCGCCUCUACAGACCCCAAUGGGACACCAUCCAACUGCGCCCUUUCAAGAAAGACUUUUACGUUCCGAAUCCUGCCGUGGCCAACAGAUCGCCCUACGAAGUCGACCAAUAUCGUCGCGCUAAAGAGAUUACCAUCGACGGUACCGCGCCGAAUCCCAUACAAAACUUCAGCGAAGCCUGCUUUCCUGACUACGUGAUGAAGGAGAUCGAGAAUCAGGGGUACGAUGCGCCUACGGCCAUCCAAGCUCAAGGCUGGCCGAUCGCUCUAAGCGGCUUGGAUAUGGUCGGUAUCGCUCAAACGGGCUCCGGUAAAACGCUUGCUUAUAUCCUCCCUGCGAUCGUUCAUAUAAACAACCAACCGCCGAUCAAUCGAGGAGACGGUCCGAUCGUUCUCGUAUUGGCCCCUACGAGGGAACUGGCGCAGCAAAUCCAGCAGGUCGCCAGCGAGUUUGGUAGCUCCUCGUACGUGAGGAACACGUGCGUGUUCGGGGGCGCCCCGAAAGGGCCGCAGGCCAGGGAUUUGGAGAGGGGCGUCGAGAUUUGCAUCGCCACGCCCGGUCGAUUGAUAGACUUUUUGGAGAAAGGUACGACGAAUUUGGAGCGGUGCACUUACCUGGUGCUCGACGAGGCCGAUAGGAUGCUCGACAUGGGAUUCGAGCCGCAAAUUCGCAAGAUUUUGGAGCAAAUUCGGCCGGACAGGCAGACGUUGAUGUGGUCGGCGACGUGGCCGAAGGAAGUGAGAAAAUUGGCUUUGGAUUUCUUGAAAGAUUUCGUACAAAUUAACAUUGGUUCGUUGCAAUUGUCCGCCAAUCACAACAUCCUUCAAAUCGUCGAUGUUUGUCAGGAAUUCGAAAAAGAAGUGAAAUUAAAUCAGCUGCUUCAAGAAAUAGCCAAUAACAGUGACAGAGAAUCUAAGAUACUGAUUUUUGUCGAAACGAAGAAAAAGGCCGAAUCGAUUACAAGGACUAUCAAGCGAUAUGGAUGGCCUGCUGUUUGUAUGCACGGAGACAAAAGCCAACAGGAACGUGACUUUGUACUUAGCGAGUUCAGAAAUGGAAAUUCCACGAUCUUGGUGGCCACCGACGUGGCUGCACGAGGAUUAGACGUGGACGGAAUAAAAUACGUUAUCAAUUACGAUUAUCCAAAUUCUUCGGAGGAUUACAUUCACAGGAUAGGCAGGACGGGCCGAUCCGAUUGCACCGGUACAUCAUACGCCUUUUUCACGCCGGCCAAUGCCCGGCAAGCCAAAGACCUGUUAGCCGUACUCAAAGAAGCCAAUCAGGUGGUAAAUCCGAAAUUGGCCGAAAUCGCCAGCCGUCCCAACAGCUUCGCCAAAAGCGGGGGCGGCGGUUUCGGCAACAAAUACGGCGGUGGUCGCGGGAAUCGCGGCGGCGGGGGCGGUCGUAGCGGUUCGGGGGGCGGCGGCGGAGGCGGGUUCCGUUCGAGAGACAACAGCGGCGGCAGGCCGUCGAGGUUCAGCGGCGGGUCGGGCGGGAGCGGAGGCGGUAACAGGAUGGGCGGCGGGUCUAGGAUGGGGGGUGGUUUGGGCGGCGGGAAUGGCGGUUCGUCGGGGGGCAACAGGAUGGGUAAUGGAUUUGGAAAUAGAGCUCCUUAUUGA